CAGGGGCUCGUAGCUGAGAGCAGCUGCUGACCCAAACUCAGGCUUUAAGGCGAGCUGGUGUCACACUGCAUUGGACAGCAUGAAGGCUUUCUUAUUCACCUGUAUGCUGGUGCCAUGGCUGGUGGCAGCAUCGGCCAGGAGGUUUGACCAGGACUCACAGCUGAUACCAGGAUCUCUACCUGGCAGGGAGCUGAACGGAUACAUCAGUGACAAUUUAAAAUCAAGGAGGGCUAGGAGGGCCCUGCCUCCUACUGAAGAACCUGAUUACACCCCAGUCCCAGAGGGAGCAGACGUUAUAGAUCUACCUACCUGCCUGCUGUGUGUGUGUCUGACUGGCUCAGUGUACUGUGAGGAGGUCAGUCCAGACAUGACCACUGUUCCCACGCUGCCUAAGGAGACAGCCUAUCUGUAUGCCCGCUUCAACAAGAUCAAAAAGAUCAGCAACAAAGACUUUGCUGACAUUGUGACUCUGAAGAGGAUUGACUUGACAGGGAACCUGAUUUCAGAGAUUGAAGACGGGGCAUUCUCUAAACUAUCACUGCUUGAGGAAUUGUCUCUGGCUGAGAACAGACUGGUCAAACUUCCUAUGCUCCCUGCCAAACUCACAUCGUUCAACGCCAACCACAACCGCCUCAAAACCAAGGGUGUCAAAGCUAAUGCUUUCAAGAAACUGACCAAGCUGUACAACCUGUUCCUGGCUGACAACCAGCUGGAAGCUGUUCCACACAUCCCAGAGAGUGUUCGGAUUUUACAUCUACAGAACAACAACAUCACUGAGGUCAGCAAAGACACCUUCUGCAGGUCUAAUGACACUUACUACCUACGACUAAGCCUCAAUGAGGUCCGUUUAGACGGCAACCCGGUGGUGUUGUCCAAAUACCCCGACAGCUUCACCUGUAUGAAGGUACUGCCUAUUGGAAAGUACCGCUGAGGAGGCAGAAACUUUACUGUAGCCCCUUUGUUGCUGACGGAGCAGUUUCCCCACAACACAGUGCUGGGGGAUACCGUGACGUUCUGGAUUUUGGGGCACUAGUCCCAUGGUGUCUAUGUUUUUACUUCAGCAAACCUACAAACAGCUUGUGACAUUGUCAGGUCGAAAUGAAACCAUUCACCGGACUGAAGGUGUAGAAUUGAAGGAGUUUCUCUACUCUGGCCUUCAUCAGUACUACUGUCUGGUGGAGUAUCAGGCAUUUGUCUGCAAGAAUGUCUGCAGGAAGCUGCACGAGAGUUGUUGAGAGUCAUAGUCACAUGAAUUGGUGCAAAGCCAUCGGAGAAGGUGUGUGAAUUCUUCAAUAUGCUUCAAACUAACUAGUUUGUAUGACCAUGUGUAAAAUCAGUGUUUCUACUAGUUAUGAAUGUCCUCAAGGAAAGGUGAGGUGAACAGCCUUGUGGCAAAAUCCCUCUGCCACCCUGUUCUCUUUCCAACAACUCUGUCUUUUUUGCAUCGUGUUGUAACCUUUAUGCGUUGAAUCAUACAAAUGGGCAUAAUGGCACGUGCUUUCAGACAGUCUCUCCUUCCAAGUGUUUUGGAAAAAGUGAUUGAAGAACUUAAGAAAAGAAGUUGAAACCCUGACUACUUUCAGACAUCCACACACCUAGCCAAUCUCUGCAUAAACUUGACUUGUCAGUUUGUCUGUUUUGGACAACUUACAAAAACUGUCCAACACAGCCUUUGAUUCCACUAUUGGAAAGGGUAUUCAGAUGCUGUUAAUAAAUUUAAAAAACACUUUGUUUGAAGCAUACUGAAGCAUUCACAAUGGAACUGUAAUUGACAGAUAGCCUAAAAAGACUUAGGCCACCUGUUCAGAAAACACCACAGGUGAGGUGCCCUCUGAAUGUCUUUUGCACAGGUGAUGUAAUGCCAGUAGAACUGAUGUAACCCUCAUGUGAAUGAGUGGAGAAGUGUCAAAACCCCCACAGUGACAGUCCAAUUUAUUGUUUCAUUUUGACCUGACGCAGUACUACCUGGAUGAAUGAAACUACAAAAACUGCUUGCGACACUGAACCAACACACAGGUGCAGCCACAAGCCAGCAGGCUUGCUUGUAACUACCUGUACCUAUUAGUUUAAAAACACAACAGGCCCAUGUUUUCACACUCUUUGUGAAAUGAAUUUUAAAAUAGAAGCAUUUGUUGCUAUAAUUAACUCUAGGUUUUAAAGAAAAAAAAAUUAAAAUUAAAAUUCAAGAUAUUGCUACAACCUUCUUAAUAUUUUUGCUGCUUUUACUGACCUAAACAAUUAUCUUGUAGAUUUCAAGGUUUUAUAUUAAAUUAACAACAAAAUGUUUUAGAAUACUACACCAAGUAAAAUAUGUCCAAAAGGAGUUUAUAAUUCACCCACGUUUUCAUCUUGCUUAUUGUGGCUCAAUUGGGAUUUCUUUUGGACAGACAUCAUUGCAAGCACAAUACAUGACAGAAGUUUUGUCUGGCAUACUUUUACAACUGAAUGAUAUCUUAGAUUUAGAUUAAGAAACAAUAUUUUUAGAUGUUUUUGAGUAAACCUCAAGUAGGAGAGAAGUAGGGAAGAAGAUGAUACAGUAUCUUCCAAACAGGAUUUAAGUCAAUUCAGUCAUACAGAAGGAAUACUUGAUACCUGCAUGUUGAUUUUUAGUCUUAUUUCUUCAACUGAACCUUGUUUCAUGACAGUGGAAAACGUUUCUGAAAUGGCAAUUAAAGGAAAAUAGCCCGUGAGCAUUGUUAGCAUUUCAAUGACAUUAAUUUUAUGUUGCUUUGAGAUUUCUUUCUUGUCAGACUAUUGAUCCCAGCUGACUCAGACAGCUGAUAAACAUUAGACUGUCUUGAAUUGCCUACAGGUAGUCUGUAAAUACUUUUCUCAUUAAGUGGUUGUCUCAGAAAAAUUACUAGAAAUAAACACAGCACUCUGGGCUUCGCUCUACCAUUGUGUGAAUUAAUUUCACUUUUAAUUAUUCCAUUACCUAUGCUUCUCCAUUAGGGCAAUGGCCAUGUAGACUUGUCCAGCUGCAGGCUUUCUUAAACAUUUUGUGACUUAACUUCACCUUGUUCCUUUUAAUUUAUAGACUCCAGUUGAAGUGACCUGGGGAGCAUUAUAUCUAUGAAAUAUAGUAAUGUGAAAAUGACUCCUCUCUCUUUUGUCUUCUUUUAAAAUGUCUUGCUUGAGUCCCUAACUCUUCCCUUCCAGUAAGAAAAAAUUACUGAUGUGAAUAAGAUAGUGGUCCAGGAAGAUGUGUAUGUGACAUAGCUAUGUUUUUAGGAUAUUCUAAUAAAGUUAAACUUUUUUAAUUAAAAUGUGUUUAGAAUCAUUGUCGGAGUCUGUUUCAUACAUACGGAUGACCACAUACAACUUUUUCCACAUUUUAUAUCCCAAGCCCUUACAGUUUGAAAAAUUCAUAACACCACACAGUCCUAAAUAUUUCAACUGAACGAACAGUACAAGAUACUGAUAAUGGCAGAGGUUUAUAAAGACAAUCUGACAUCAUUUGGUUUACUUUAAAUGACAACACAACCUCCAGUGUCGAAGUCAGUGUAUAUAUUGUGUCAACCAAUAAAUACCAAGAAAUGUCAAUACGGAAAUGUCAAAUACUAUAAUGAGAUAAUUUACAAAUGGUGUUUCAUUAGAUUUCUAACUAAUAUUGUUAAGUUGACACUGAUAUCGCCAUCUUUAAGCCACACCACUAGCACAACAAAAACAACUGCAUUACAUCAUUCUCCAUGGCUGACUGUAGAGUCUCAAUGUUUGUGCAUUGAGAGACAUUUAACAGUAAUAUUUCAAUGGAGAAAUGCUAAUCAGUGAUUGGCCACAUGCUUGUAAAUAUCUGUGGUUUGUAACCGGUAUGUAGCCAACCAUGAUCUGCAGUGCUGUAGUUCUACAGUGACUCGCUGUUUAAUGUCAUGGUCUACCAGCAACAAAAAUGUUACGAUUCCUGGCCUGGACUGUAUGCGACCUCUUUGUUUUAUGUUUUUAUUUGUAUAUUCCUCAAAGUACAUGUUCAUGUCUGU